CGCGUCAGCUGAUUUUUGUUGAUAACGCCAUAGUAUGCCAAAUCGUGCAUUUCAUUACGAGAAAAUAAACGCAUUUCGGAAUCCAAAUUAUCCGUAACGAUUUGUACAACCGGAAUCAAAAAUGUUUUAAAACUAUACCGAAGUUUUUAUAAAAUCAGUUAAAACACAAAUCCAGUGGAAGAAGUAUCUCUGUAGCUCUACACCUUAGCUACGCGAGUCACGUGUCCAACAGCCGAUAUACAGCGGAACAGCCAUCGACAUUUAAAAGUGCCGGUUUUUGUUGGCGGCCUAGUUUAUAGUGACUCAAGAGUAAGGAAUAGUUGGAGAUAAUUGACAUCAAACGCUAACAUCAAACAGGUACUUGUGAAAGGAGUUCAAUCAAGAUGUCUCCAAUACCAGUACUAGAAUCCUGUAUACCAUUACCAAUUGAGGAGCGCACACUGGUUGAAGUAACACAGAAGGCGAAAGAUUGGGCAAUUAUGCAUGGUGCUGCUAUGCGCUCCAAAGCCAACUUCAGUCCUGAUUCGCUUAAUUUCGCUCCGUUCAUUCUGGUGCCUUCGUCCUUCCCACGCAAAGAGUUCGAAAAGGCUAAACAUUUGCAAACCAUUAUUAACCAAUUGAUGCAUAAUGUGGCCCACGAUGAAGAAUUUCUUACCACAACUUUGGCGGAAACUAUCAAAGUUGAUGACUUUACAGCUAAUCUCUUUAAUGUAUACAAAAAAGUGCUCGCCAAUGGCUUUGGACAGCGAAUUUCGUUGGGCCUAUUGCGCAGUGAUUUGAUGUUGGAGACGAAAUGUACUGAAUUACUUGAGAAAGAGAAACAUACCCCCUGUGCCUACUGUUGCUGGAAACAAGUUGAAAUUAACACAAUUGCUUCUGGUUUUGGCCAUUUAGGACCAGCAAGCAAAGCCAUACAAAGCUUUGUGAUGCGCGAGCUGGGCCAUGUAGAUAAAUUAAAGAAUAUGCCUGAAAAUACUGCCUUGUCCGGCAUUUGUGGCGGCAUGAUUAAGGCCUGGGAAUUGUACGAAAAACCGAAAGCUGUUAUACUCUUUGUUAUUGAAGAUGUUUCAUAUAAUAUCUGUGAUCAGCGGUUUCAUGAGUUUUAUAUACGCGAACAAAGUCCUCAUAUCCACGUAUUGCGUCGCACUUUAACAGAGAUACAUAAAGAAGGCAAAUUAGGACCGAAUAAAGAAUUGUUUCUCGGGGAGUACGAAGUGGCUGUUAUUUAUUUCCGUGCUGGCUACGAGCCUGCCCACUAUCCCUCACAAGAUGAAUGGGAUGCACGCUACAUGAUGGAGUGCUCGCGUGCGAUCAAAUGUCCUUCCAUUCACUAUCAUUUGGCUGGCACCAAAAAAGUUCAACAAGCACUUGCCCAGCCCGAAAUGUUGGAGAGGUUUAUAAGCGAUCCAGAAAAGAUAAAAGCAGUAGGGCAAAUUUUUACCGGUCUUUAUUCGCUGGAUGACUCUGAAGCUGGUAAUGCCUCGUACGAAAUGGCAUUAAAGGAACCGGAACGAUUUGUUUUGAAGCCACAACGCGAAGGCGGCGGUAAUAAUGUAUAUGGCGUUGACAUUCCAGAUGCACUGAGGAAAAUGAAUCGGCUUGAACGCGCCGCUUGGAUUCUUAUGGAUCUAAUCCAACCGCCAAUUUCCAAGGGUUACAUGAUACGUCCAGGCGGUAAGUCGCCACCGGAAAUAGUUGAUCUCGUCUCAGAGUUGGGUAUUUUUGGCGUAAUAAUUGGCGAUGUGGACAAUAUAAUUUGGAAUUAUCAAGCGGGCCAUAUGCUGCGCACUAAACUCUCGACUGCGAACGAGGGCGGUGUUGCGGCGGGACUCGGCGCACUGGAUAGUCCCUAUUUACUGGAUUAGUGUUUUAACUUGUAGUUUGUAUUUUAUAAAUUUUUAGUAAAUUUUGGCACAAUCUUUUUUCUUAAGCUGCAACGAUGAAAUUAUAUUUACACCUUUACCGCUUUACAAAAAAAAUGUGUAUGUAAAUCCAGCACAUAAUUUAUUUUAAAUAUCAUGU